UCAUCUUGUUAAUGGUUCCAUUUACGGAGAGAGAACAAUGAAAGAAGCAACAAUAGGUGUUUUCCUUCUGGUCAUUUCCUUCAUUAGCAUUGAAGCGGUCUUGAACGUUGGGAACCGAAAAAACUGGGCCUUGCAUAAGCCCGCAUACCAGUCGAGCACACCUUACAAACAAUUUGCUGCAGCGAAGGCUGUCGAUGGUAAUAUAACCAAUGACGCGGCAGGUGGCAGUUGCGCUAUGAUACUGGAAUCGGAUCACUCGUGGUGGAUGGUGGACCUGCAAGACACCAUACGUGUGGAACAAGUUUUAAUUGUCAACCGAGGAGAUUGCUGUGGUAAUACCGCUCACAGGUUCAACAUUGACGUUCUCGAAGGUUCCAUGUCGGCAAGGACGAGCGUUGGUUUAUGUUCUGAUGUUGAUAUUAUUAUCACUAACGGUGCCGCUGUGGUGAUGGAUUGUCUCUAUCCACUGACAGGGCGAUACGUCCAAAUACGAGAUCGGUUACAUUCGGAUUUCGCACUGUGUGAAGUUAAAGUAUUUGGAUCAAGAUUUCUUCCAGGUGCUGAUACCGGCAACUGGGCGAGGGGCAUGCCUACCAAACAAUCAUCGACGUAUAAAACCUAUUCGUCACGUCACGCGGUUGAUGGCCGCUACUCGGGCGUCAUUUCACAACACACGUGCACGCACACGGUACUCGGAAGUGCCAGUCCAUGGUGGCGAGUAGACUUGAUUCAGGUCAUUCUAGUCACAGAGGUCAACAUUUUCAACCGCCAGGAUUGUUGUGCGGACCGACUGCGCAAUUUCUUCAUUGAAGUUCUGCUGUCCAAAAAUCCCAAAGAGCGUUCACUAUGUAAACAUCAAAUAGAACAAGUUGUUAAAGUGGCCAGGAUAAAAUGCACACGACCAUUGCUCGGCCGGUACGUCGUGAUCCAGACAGACGGACCCGGGGACGAUGAUGAUAUUCUUACCUUGUGUGAAGUAGAAGUGAUCGGGUGGAAACAAGUUACAGACCCUGAUUACCUGAGACGUGACAACCACGCUUUGGGUAAGGAGACAUGGCAGUCCAGCUCUCAAUAUAAGAGACAGUCGGAAUUGGCUGUUGACGGCAAUUUUCACAACAACCAUGGGAGUGAAUCUUGUACAAUGACUAAUCCAUCAGACAUGAGACCAUGGUGGAAGGUGAAAGUCGGGGCUAUGUUCAUUGACACUGUACUUUUCUUCUUAAUGGUGAACACUCGUGGGUUUAGGUCUAAAAUGGAAGUAUGGAUAGAUGAUAGCUAUCUGUGUGGUGCACAAACACCCACGACGGCAGGUGCUGUGGUUAGUGUCAAGUGUCCUGAGGAAACACGUGGUUCUUAUGUUAAGAUCGAGAAAGUUUCCCAAACGGAAUAUGACGUACUUGCAUUAUGUGAAGUAGAAGUGUAUGGAACUACAGAAGAACGGAACUGGGCUCUGGGUAAGAAAGCAUUCGUAAAAGGUGGAAUUAUUGCAUACACAUUUCCAGUUAAUUACAUGGUCGACGGCGAUGUAUCGAACGGCUUUUCAGGCGAUGCCUGUCCCGGGUUUAUAGACAUUAACACAAACUGGAUUCUCGUUGUGGAUUUAGGCUACAUGCAUGUGCACGUACAGAAGAUUCUAUACAUCAUCGCAAUCGGAGAGGACGGAGAGAACGUACCUACGAUUAGGAAUGCCAAAAUUAUACUUCACGAUGCAGUGAAAGGAAUCGACAGGAGAAAUGUGUGCUAUCCAGACAGUAAGGACUUUCGACCAGGAUUCGUUGUCACGGUUACGUGUUCUGACGAGCAUUUUGUGGCAAAUCAAGUCCUCCUUCACGGAAAACAGAGACAGUUUGGAAUCUGUGAAGUGGAGGUUUACGGAAAAUUGGCUUUCUACCAAAAAAUAUAAUAAUAGUUUACGUUAGCUUAACAACAACAACAACACUAACAAAAAACCCAACAAAAAUAAAUAAACAACAACAACAAACAAAACAAAAAACAAAACAAAACAAAACAAACAAACAGACAAACAAACACACUUUUUCCAGCUCGUUUUCGGCUGAUUAUACAUAUAUGUAGUAAAAUAAUUUUCAUGGUUGAAAGAUAUUCCCCCCUAAACAUGAAUUGUGAACUAAUGGUUGAAAGAUAUUCCCCCCUAAACAUGAAUUGUAAAAUAACGUUUGAAAAAUAUUCCCCCCCCUAAACAUGAAUUGUAAAAUAACGGUUGAAAGAUAUUCCCCCUAAACAUGAAUUGUAAAAUAAUGGUUGAAAUAUAUUCCCCCCUAAACAUGAAUUGUAAAAUAACGGUUGAAAGAUAUUCCCCCCUAAACAUGAAUUGUAAAAUAACGGUUGAAAGAUAUUCCCCCCUAAACAUGAAUUGUAAAAUAACGGUUGAAAGAUAUUCCCCCUAAACAUGAAUUGUAAAAUAAUGGUUGAAAGAUAUUCCCCCCUAAACAUGAAUUGUAAAAUAACGGUUGAAAGAUAUUCCCCCUAAACAUCAAUUGUAAAUUAAUGGUUGAACGAUAUCCCCCCCCCCCCAAACAUCAAUUGUAAAAUAAUGGUUGAAAUAUAUCCCCCCCCCUAAACAUGAAUUGUAAAAUAAUAGUUGAAAGAUAUUCGCCCUAAACAUGAACUGUAAAAUAACGGUUGAAAGAUAUCCCCCCCCCCCCCCCCAAACA